AUGACUGGGAGAGCAAGAGCAAGGUCUCGGGCGAGGGGGCGAGCCCGUGGUCAAGAAGCACCCCUCUCUACAGUGGGACCAACUCCUGUUACUGCACCUGGAUACGCCCAAAUGACUCCCCAGCUGCCUCCAGCGCGGCAAGCUGAAGCAGGAAAUGGAUCUCAGGUUGGGCAUGGCCAACAAAAAGGACCCCCGGAAGAAUGUAAGAUUUCAGCAGGCUUUCAGGAAAUGAGUUUGGGAGAACGAGGUGGACGCCGCAGAGACUACCAUGACCUUGGUGUAAACACCCGUCACUUAAUGGAACAUGUCAGAGAUUCCAAAACAGGUGUGUCAGGGAAUUCAAUCCGAUUAAGCACUAACCACUUCCGGCUGACGUCUCGCCCGCAAUGGGCUUUGUACCAGUACCACAUUGACUACAACCCACAGAUGGAAGCCCGCCGUCUUCGGACAGCCUUGCUAUUCCAACAUGAGAACUUGCUUGGCAAGACACAUGCUUUCGAUGGGUCCAUUUUGUUCUUACCGAAGAAGUUGGAAAAUAAGCCAGCGUCUAUGGGCCAGAAAGCGUCUUCCAACACAAUCGGUCGCUGGCUGAAGGCGUGCAUCUCUCUGGCCUAUGAGAGUCAAUCUAGACCAGUUCCCAAACGCAUUACUCCACAUUCCGUCCAGUGUGCGGCCACAUCGGCGGCUUAUGCGAUGCAAGCCUCUAUUGAGGACAUUUGCAGGGUGGCGACCUGGUCAUCCUCGUUGCCCUUUGUCAAACAUUAUAAACUGGACAUCCCUGUGGAUAACCUUACUUUUCCAUUUCUGCUCUUUUUCAGAUUGUUGAAAAUAAUGAAUUUACAACAGAUUGGGCGAAAUUACUACAACCCAAGUGACCCAAUCAACAUUCCUAAGCACAGGCUGAUGAUUUGGCCUGGCUUCACCACUUCCAUUCUGCAGUAUGAGACCAGCAUCAUGCUUUGCACAGAUGUGAGUCACAAAGUUCUCCGAAGCGAGACCGUCCUGGAUUUUAUGUACACCUUGUACGAUCAAGUCGGAGAACAGCGGUUCCGAGAACUUUGCACAAAGGAACUCAUCGGUGUGAUUGUCCUUACCCGGUAUAACAACAAAACGUACCGGGUAGACGAUAUUGAUUGGGAAUCAAAUCCUAAAAAUUCCUUCAAAAAAGCAGACGGAAGCGAGAUCAGCUUUGUAGACUACUACAAGAUGCAAUACACCCAAGACAUCACCGAUUUGAGUCAACCUGUUUUGAUUAGCCAGCCAAAGAGGACGAGAGGCCCUUCCGGUGCCUUGGCAGGACCAGUGAUACUCAUCCCUGAACUCUGCUAUCUCACAGGUCUGAUCAUUCAAAAAUAGCCUUUCUUCUCCCAAGAGUGGGUGUUUAAUCAAUGGAAUGGCACCACCAGUUGUGGUGCUUCAUUGCUGGGGGUUGGGGUGUUCAGGAAAAGAUUGAACAAGGUCCAGGAUGGUAUAAAAAAAAAUCACCUCCAUCCCCGAGAAAAAAAUACGGGCAGGUUAAAUUUGACAUUAAAGAAAAAGAAGAGAAGAGAGAGACUUGUCCGAUUCAUCAGGUGCUGAACUCCGAAUGCUUCCUUUCAGUUUGACUACAACCCGCACCUUGCAGACUGGUCCAGGGAAACGAGGGGUGCUCCCCUCACCAGUGUAAAACCCCUGGACAACUGGCUGCUGAUCUACACCCGCCGGAAUUAUGACGCGGCUAAUAUUCUGGUCCAAAAUCUUUUCAAAGUCACACCCGCAAUGGGCAUAAGAAUGAACAAGGCCAUCAUGGUUGAAGUCGACGACAGAACAGAGGCCUAUUUGAGAACCUUGAAGCAGAAGAUCACCUCCGAUACUCAGAUGGUGGUCUGCCUCCUGUCCAGUAACCGUAAAGACAAAUACGAUGCAAUCAAGAGAUACUUGUGUACUGAUUGUCCCACACCCAGCCAGUGUGUCCUGGCCCGCACCUUGAGCAAGCCCCAAACUGUCAUGGCGAUAGCCACCAAAAUCGCCUUACAGAUGAACUGUAAAAUGGGGGGAGAACUCUGGAGCGUUGAAAUCCCAAUGAAACAACUCAUGAUUGUGGGAAUUGACUGUUACCAUGACAUUUCAGCUGGACGGCGAUCAGUGGCGGCAUUUGUUGCGAGUUUGAAUCAUGGAAUGACCCGCCCCAAACUCACAGUGAUCGUGGUGAAGAAGCGUGUGAACAGCAGAUUCUUUGCCGAAAUUGAAGGAAAACUACAGAAUCCACCACCUGGCACAGUUAUUGACUUAGAGGUUACUAGACCAGAAUGGUACGAUUUCUUCAUUGUCAGUCAGUCGGUGAAAAGCGGCACAGUUGCACCCACCCAUUACAACGUAAUCUAUGACAGCAGUGCACUAAAGCCUGACUACAUGCAGAGGCUGACAUAUAAGCUGUGUCAUAUGUACUACAAUUGGCCGGGAGUCAUUCGGGUGCCUGCUCCGUGCCAGUAUGCCCAUAAACUGGCUUUCCUCGUAGGGCAAAGUAUCCACAGAGAGCCAAAUUUAACCCUUUCGGAAAAACUUUAUUAUCUGUGAGACUAACAAGAGGAGACGGUAUAAUGGAAUGGAAAGAGAAUUUAGACCAGAGAGAGUUAUUUUGUUAGAACCCCCCCUCCCCAAACAAAGUGCCUUAAAACUCAAUUGAGUAGAGAUUUGGUACUGUUGUAUUACACACAUCAAUGAUAGCUAUGCCAAGGUUAUUAUCAUUAUUAUUAUUAUUAUUUUAUUUUAUUAUUAUUAAUUUGAGCAUGUAAGUUAAGUUUUUCAUCCAGAUCAAUUUUUACUGGAGCAUGUUACAGUUUUGUUGCCAAAAUAGUGGUUUCAUCAGCAGAGACUGAGUGUUAAGAAUAAAGUUAAUGUCAGUAAAACUUGUGUGUUGGAAUCUGUUUUUCAAAGUGUAGUACCAUGUAAGGUGUUUCACUAAAAAUCCUCACUAUAGUAACGAUUGGCAUGUAAGAAGUAGGCUAAAAUUAAAC